AUGGAGAGCCUCCCACUCGACACAUCUCAUCCGGCAGUGAAGGAGUACCUUGCGCUUGUCAGGCUACAAGUACUGACGCCAUUGUCCUUGCUCGUCAAUAUCGCCACUCUCAUGGUGUGCACGUUCGUGCUAGACCCAAACCUCGGACAAAUCGCCAAGCUAUAUCCCAGUUCAAUCACACCACAACCACACAUGAUCGCGAUAUACGUUGUAGCAUUAUAUAUCCUGCAAGUCGGUUACUGUUUACUCCUGGUCCUUCCUCGCACGCCCGAAACGAAGCGCGCCCUCAUCAAAGGGUGUGGCUUCCCUUUGGUGCUUUCGAAUUGGGUCUUUGCUUUUUGGGCUAUAUCUUGGAUCCUGCAAGCGUUCCUCCUAUCAACUGUAUUUCUAGGAGUGAUGCUCGUCCUCCUGAUUUAUGCCAACAUCGUGCUACUAAUCUAUCAUGUCCCAACAACGAAACGACCACUCGAGCUCGCCUUUAUACAUGCACCCUUGCGGGCGUUCAUGCUAUUGCCGCUGAUGGUCAUGUUCCCUUAUAGUCUCUUUGUGGCCCUAGGCAAGACAUGGUCACCUGGCGAACCACAACAUUAUGAUCGCGGGCAGUGGUCGGGGCUUAUAGUCGUACUUACAGUGAAUGUCAUAGGCUUUCUCGUAAUCGUCAUCCGCCGCGAUGUCGUGUGGUGUGUCGCGGCGACUUGGAUAUGUGCGAGCUUGUGGAGCCUGAAGCCGAAGCCUUAUCCUGUCAUGAUCACAGUGAUCCUCUUCACAGUGCUCCACCCUGCGGGGCUCGUCGUGUCCUCGAUCUGGGCAUGGCUUCGGGGAAGUAACGAACAACGUACGGGAGCUAUAGCACUUCCUCCUGACGAGGAAUCGCGUCCAAAUGGAAGGUCGGCAGCUGCUCCGGGCGAGAGACCAGCUCGUGAAGUGGAUGCAGAAGCUAUCUGGGGGUAGAGAGCCGUCUGUUACUGUGACUGUUGCCCGGACGAGGAUCACCUUUGAAACACUUUAAUGUAAUAAC